CGUUCUCUCAGCUCAGCACAUCAACCCAGGAAGGAUUCUCCACACUUAUUGAUUUUUGCUGUUUCUUCAGUGAGGAUUUUAACCAAAAAAACAACAACUUUUCAGUGGACUUCCAACUUUUUCCAAUUCACUCACUGUUUGAAGUCAUGGAUCUCACUUCUGCGGAGUACGGGGACAACUAUGACUACUAUGACGACAACGAAACUGCUUGUGACUUCUCGGAGUGGGAGCCAUCCUACUCUCUCAUCCCUGUGCUGUACAUGCUCAUCUUCAUCCUGGGCCUGUCCGGCAACGGCGUGGUCAUCUUCACUGUCUGGAGGUCCAAAUCCAAGCGGAGGGCGGCCGAUGUCUACAUCGGCAACCUGGCCCUGGCCGACCUCACCUUCGUGAUCACCCUGCCCCUGUGGGCGGUGUACACAGCGCUGGGCUACCACUGGCCCUUCGGCGUGGCCCUCUGCAAGAUCAGCAGCUACGUGGUGCUGGUCAACAUGUAUGCCAGCGUGUUCUGCCUGACCUGCCUCAGUUUCGACCGCUACCUGGCCAUCGUGCACUCUCUGUCCAGCAGCAGGCUGCGCUCGCGAGGCACCAUGCUGGCCUCCCUGGGGGCCAUCUGGCUGCUGUCUGGCCUGCUGGCCGUGCCCACGCUGCUGUUCCGCACCACCAUGGACGACCGAAACCGCACCAUCUGCGCCAUGGACUUCAGCCUGGUCGCUCGGAACCAGCGGCACGAGUCCCUGUGGAUCGCCGGGCUCAGCCUGUCGUCCUCGGCGCUGGGCUUCCUGCUCCCCUUCCUGGCCAUGACCAUCUUCUACUGCUUCAUCGGCUGCACGGUGACGCGGCACUUCAACAACCUGCGCAAGGAGGACCAGAAGAAGCGUCGGCUGCUGAAGAUCAUCACCACGCUGGUGGUGGUGUUUGCCUUUUGCUGGACGCCCUUCCACGUCCUGAAGAGCAUGGACGCCCUCUCCUACCUGGAUCUGGCCCCCAGCGCGUGCGGCUUCCUGCGCUUCCUCCUGCUGGCGCACCCCUACGCCACCUGCCUGGCCUACGUCAACAGCUGCCUCAACCCCUUCCUCUACGCCUUCUUCGACCUGCGCUUCCGCUCCCAGUGCCUGUGCUUGUUCAACCUGAAGAAGGCCAUGCACGGCCAGAUGAGCUCCAUGUCCUCCACGCUCAGUGCCCAGACGCAGAAGUCCGAGAUACAGUCUCUAGCCACCAAAGUGUGAGGGGAGGAGAGGGGGAGGUGGGGCAGGGGCCGCUGGCAGCUCCUGCCUGCCUGUCUGCCGUCCUCAAGGAACGCUUGCUUUUCAAAGCAGAGACUUUCUGCGAUCGUCAUUCAGAGACUGCUUUAGUGAUGAGACGUUGAACCGUAAAACCGUUGGGUUUUUAAACAUGAGUUUGCAUAGGUUGUGUCUUCUGACUUGCAUGUGUUUCACCCUGAACUGGCGAGCAGAUGCUGCAGUGGUUAGGGGAGAAGGCCGGGGUGUCAGGUCUGGUCUGGCUGCAGCUCUCUGGCCUCAGGACUCUGGGGCUGAAGCCAGCUGGCUGAGCUUCCAAACUUCUCUUGUCCACAAACUUGCUGCAGAUGACAAGGAGGUAAAUAUAUUAUCACAGUAAAAAAACAAAAAACGUUUUUCUUGUCCUGCUUAUGUUCUCCGUUACGCUAUGAGGGACCAUUUACGAAACAAAACAGACAAAAAAAACUUAAUCGAGUCCAAAUCUGUUUACACUGGGUAAAUCACAAAUGUGUACAGUAUUUUCAUACUUUUGCUGUUUCAGAUGUGUUGAUGUUUUGUUUUAGAAGCACUUGUCAAAUUACUUCUUGUAAAAGAGGGGGAAAGUUUGCGUGCAACAAGGGCCUGCCAGCUCUUCUUUAUCCUGUUGUUUGUGAAGGAAGAAGAUUAUGGAGGGGUUGGGGGGGGUUACAUAAGAAGAGAAAAGGUGUUGCAGCUUAAUUAUAUAGUUUGAGGAGGAGACAGGGGGCAGACAGGCAGAUGGCAGCUGAC